AUGUCAGGGAAUGAUUUGGAUGUGAAUGUUUACAAGAUAAACCGACAAUGUCAUAUAAAGAGCAAGGGGAUCAAAGCCCCAAACGAAUCCUUAAGAAGCCCUCUCGUCUACCCCAACUUCUGGGUGAAAAGCUCUGCCCUCGGAGGUAGAACUUCUGGAUUAUCCAACAAAAACUUCUUAUUUUGUGAGCAAACUAAACAGUUCUUUAAUAGUCGUGAGAAUGGUUUAGGAGAUGCUAGCUCUCAUUGCAAGAGUGGAGUGGCAAAUGACUUUAACAAGGAAGAGUUUGGAUCAAAGAUGAGCAAGGGAACACUAACAGGAAAGUCAGUGGAAAGCAUAAGCGAUAGAAGUAGUUUGCUGUUAACACCUUCAACUAAGGAGGAAAAUGCUGUUGCUGGUCCAAACUUAACGCAGAGCUCCAAUUCUGACUUGCUUCACACAAAGCAGAAAAAGAUACAGAAUUCCCCUGAGAAUAUUUUAUCUAUAGGCUACGAUUCAAAACUAUUUAAUUCGUUAAUGCCGACCCCUCGGAUAACUACUUGUCAUCAUUGUGGUCUGUAUGGAGACCUGAGAUGUUCUCAAUGUAAACAGACAUAUUAUUGCUCUACAGACUGCCAGAAGAAAGAUUGGUCUGUACAUGGUAUUGUAUGCAAACCAAUUAAACAAAAUUUAAAGAGAAGUGAAGAUAAUGCCAAGUUGCCUGGUGAAAUUAAGAAUAACAUUGAUUUUAAGCCUAGGCGGUUAGCCAUUAUUUGGGAACGUGUGCGUUGUUUCCACUAG